UUUCUUAAGCCAGGAAUGGAACAUGACAAGAAGCAGGUGAUGGCGGCGCUGGGUUGUAUCGUCUUUAUGUUGCUCAUCUACCAGUCAACAUGUGUACAAGAAAACUGCGCAGUGUUGGAAUUUCAUAAUGUAAACAAUGGCGUUUUGGCCAUCUCGGAAAACCAGACUGCAAAUGUCGCAUUUUGGAUGAAUGUGUCAGCCUGCGAUCAAACAGAUGAAUUAUUUAAAAUCAAGAUUCACACCAGAACGAAUAGUGGAAGUCUUGAAUACGAUGGAACAUUUACUUACUGGAAGGAGACUUGUACAGUCAGACCACAGAAAUGUCUUCGAUGCUCCACCUCAUCAGGUCCAGCAGAGCUCUACAGGAAAGUCAACCGAACUCACGUGCAGAUAGAGUGGGAAUGGGACAUGAAAGACACGAAGUUUGGUAAUUUUACAACCAUUCGAAAGGAGCUAAAACUUAAUGUUUCUUAUCCACCCAGUGUCACAAAUCUCAUGGUAGAUGGACAAGAAGCAAGAGGUAGCUUUGUCAUAAAUGAGGGUAUUGAGGUCAACAUAUCAUGUUCUUUUGACAAAGGAAAUCCCUCCACGAACUUCCUUCUUCUAGAUAAAACAGGAAAGGAAAUAAAAUCGUCUAGAGACGAACAACAUCUGAACCUCUCCCUUGUCCUCCAAUGCAAAGACGACUGGCCCACCAUCAGAUGUCAAGGAAGUGGCUCCGAAACGAACGAAUCUGUCUCUUUCCUUGUUAAGUGCCGUCCUCAGUUUGUUGACAAAAACCCAAAGGUUGUGGAGACUGCAGCAAACAUCAAGUGGAUAUUAACCGUAAAAGCCCACACAACUGUCAUUCAAAAAUGUCUCUUGAUGUCGCUAACUUUAGGAGAAAACUCAAACAGAGAAGUCAAAUGUACCCUGACUGGUGACCCGCCUGACCUGCUGCUGAUUGUCUCCCUUGACAAGGAGGAUGUAGCAAGGGGAGGAAACUGGGGCCUAACUAUCCACAAUGAGAAAGGCUCAUCAGACACAUUAGUGUUUAGCAUACAAUCACGACACACGCUACUUCGCUUUCAUACUGCUCAGACCACGCAGAGAGAACCAGCUUUUGUGAUCCAGCGUUCAAAAUGUGGAGAUAUUUCCUGGUGCAGUUCAUAUAUGCAUUACUAAUAUUGCCAAGAAUAAUUUCUAUGCAGAAUUGUGCACUAUUGGACUUUAACAACUUUAAAGACAACACCCUUUUUGUUGAGGAAAACAACUACGUCAACCUGACGUUCUGGCUGAACACAUCAGCCUGUAGUCGGUCUGACGGGGUCUAUCGAAUUGAGGUACAAACCCUGAUGGACGUGGGUAACGUGGAAUUUGAUGGAAGAAUUAUUCAGCAUGGUAACAGCUGCUCUGAAAUAACAAAAAUAUUUGCUGGGUGCCUCACUCCAGAAGGUCCAGGAAGAUUGUUCAAGAAAGUAAACCAAUCCCACUUGGAAAUUGGGUGGACGUGGACAUGGAAAGAUAUAGAAACAGAUGAGUUUACCGCAGCGAACAAACGACUGAACAUCCAGCUUAUCCGUUACAAUCAAAAGCGCGGGGCCCCUUGAAGCGCGGGGCCCUAGGCAGAUGCCUCGUCCGCCUGCCCCUAAGCACGGCCCUGUGACAUCACCAGUAGCUGUUUGGUCGCAAACAGUAGAGGCUGAGGCUGUUAGAUAAGUGUUGGGCGCUGUUAAACUCGAGCCAGAAGUCCGACCUAGAGGACGAGAGGGACACGUGGUGACACACGGCAGUGCCAGUCUCUGCGCUCGUGAAAGAGGUCGCUACGAUCGACGGAGUGACACCAACGGAUUCUCGGACGUCGGCAACAUCGGAAGGUCCUCCACGUGGCAAGAGACUUUUGAAUUAAGAGAUAAGUGGCGAGUGUGUGUUGCAAGAGUACAGUGUGCUGUGUGUAGUAGUUAAGGUAAUUAAUGAUUCACGAUAUGUGGACUAGGGAUAGAGAAGUAACAGCUAGAGAACGGCCAUAUUUAAGAUUAUAUGAUCUUGUAAAUUGAUUUGGAAAACUCUCGAUUAUUAAUAAAAUUUGUUUCAUCACACUAAAUGGUCUUAAGUUGGUUAUUGGGGAUGCGUGCUGGGGGCCCAAAUUAAAAUGAAGUAUAACUACCAAUUUAGUGUAAGUGUGCGCGUACGGUAAAUACAUUGCCCGAAGCAAUGGCAAUCGCUGUCCAUCUGACCAUCUUCACGUGUUUUUUCUUCGGAGUUCUCGAUAGUGGCGCUGUGGCCAAGACACCUGUCACCAUUGAGCGUAUCUCCAUGAUACAUCAUCAUCAUCACCAUAGCGUUAUCAGUAGUCGCGGGGUCAAAUUUUUGCGUGGACAUCUCUUUCAAAAAAAUACGCCAGUAGAAAAGACCAAAGUCAGAUUAUUAUAAAUCAUUGUCCACAUAUAGAUAAAGAUUCUUUUCAGUCCUUUUGGUCUCACGUUUUCAAGCACUAUUUGCAUAUCUCGAUAGAGUUAAGGCUAGAUAGAAAAAAGCUAUCCACAACAAACAAAACAAAUCAUGUUGUAACAUUUUAAUUUCAUCAUUUAGCUGUAAAAUAUGAGAAAAAUUCCUGUUGUAUACCAGUUUCAUUUCAAGAUAUGGACAGUCAAACAUCUUUCACCUCCACCCCGCCAUUAAAAAACCUCACGGGAACUGUCAUUACAUCUUAACGGUCAAAAGCGUGUGUGAUUGCAUUUGCUGCCACACAUUUAGUGACUCUUUCCAAAAUGUGGUAAAAAUAUGUUGCACAGCAGUCACUUAUGCGAUGUUGAGCCACUCCUGAUACAAGAAGUGAAAUGGCUGGGCCAUGUUUUCUGCAGCCAAGAAUGUCCAAGAUGCACUCGAUGGGAGUCAAGUCAGGGAGACGUAAUGGCCGUUUAUGCCUCUGUAUUUGCCUCUUCACCAAGUUGUUCACGAUACAAGCACGAUGAGAAAUGGCGUUGACGUCUGGAACCAGCAAAACUGGCGAAACGAGAGAUUGGACAAUCGUCUUUCUGUUGCGGACGUUACUUGGAGCGACACGAGCAAGAAAACAUUCAUUUCGUUUUGUCUUUUUGCGGCUUACACGAUCGCGCGCGACUUGGUUGUACACAAGGCGGUAGCGACCCUGGUUCUUGUCGAAUACUUUCAAACAAACAAACGAACAAACAAACAAACAAACAAAUAAAAAUCAAUACCUUUCAUUGUGUUCAUAUUAUAGAAAACUUACUUUUCUUGCUUUUACGGUGGUAUGAGUUUAUCUCCAUCUCCUAAGGUACCAUCCAACCAGGUGCUAUGCAUGAGGUCUUUUGGGUAGCCCCUGCUCGCCACCCCUUACUAAUUGCUUCUCCAAAAGCGAAGAGGUGUCAACGUGUCAAUCUGCGGAUGAGAGAGCGGAAAACGGAGCGGGCUAACCCUUUCCCAUGACACAUCACAUCAGGAGGAAUGCGAUUCUCUUCGCACUAUAUUUUUGACUGACCACUUCGUACGGGAUAUCGACAGGGGUACCCUCUCAGCGUCGUGAAAUUAAUGGUUAGUGAGUGGGGUAUGAAAUGCUGUAUUUAUGAAGAUUGAAUGUUAGCAUUUGUUAGCUUGUUUAUCUUGCGCUCAGCCAUGCAACAGUAACUAAGGCCUGCUGCUUCCCAGGAUCACCAGGGUAACAGGUUCACUCUAGCUUUAAAGAUCACCUGCACUCAGGAUUCAGACACGAGGACUUGAACUGAUCUGAUGUCGUGAAGAAACGUCAGUAAGAACUUUCUAUGUAAAUUUUGCAAGUAGUUAUUUUUGUAACACUAAGAAAAAAAUGAAGAUAGUUUUAAAUCUCUGAGGAUGGUAAGAAUAUCAAUGACACUAUUAGUUUUUUUUCACUUAGAUAUUUUAUUCAGAUUUUCUUUUAAAAGACUGUUAUGAAUUCUACAUACGACAACGUAUUCACAUUCAUAGCACCAAAAGAAAACAGUGGGAUGUACAAGGAAGAUGCUUAGUGUCUAGCAUUGAAAGUAACUGAAGAUUAAUCAGUGAUCAGAAGAAUAUUUUGUUCUGCCCUACAGUUUUAACUCCUUAGUUCUUUAGAUAAAUGUUCAAUAAGCAAUGUGAUCAUUGCGCAUAUAAGUAAUCUAUUAUUAAAUUAGUAGAAAAUAAGCUUCUUGAAACGUGAGGUGCACAGCACUCAUACACUAUUAAAACAAUAACAUAAAAUAUACACAAUUGUAGACUAAAAUCCCUUGACAUAGCUUUACCUUAUUUGUCUAAUUUAAAAGGAGCUGAAUGCUGAUUAGUACACAUACGCAUAUAAUCUCAGAAUAAGAGGAUGUUUUUCAAGUUCUACAGUCGACGAUUACCUAUAGUCCCUUUGAUGGGCACAAACAUAAACAGCUAAUAGAAUAGUUUGUUCCUGUGUGAGGGGAGUGGGGGGUAUGAGGAAAAAAUAAAAAUAGAAUUAUGAAAAUAAUAAGCCAACCACCUAUAGAUAUUUUAGGGUGUCUUUAUUUUUUAUAUUUUACAUUGUCUGAUUUUCUCCAAAAAUUUCAUUAUCAGUUUUCUUCCUUGAUUUUCAACAUUUAAGGCUUGAUACGGAUCUUUUACGACAGAACUUCAAGAUAUUGUGGAACUUUAAGUGAAAAGAGGCUUAAAAUAUAUAUUAUAUAAUAUUAUAUAGCGAAAAAUUAAUAUGGUUAAAUACAUGAAGGUAAGCUACACCAGCUGAAAUAUUUUGAAAAACCUUGCAGGAAAAAGAACUACAAACCUUAAAGUCUGUGUUUUCAUCUGCAUCCAAUCCCUAAAGUUUACAUCCUUGCAUACACUAUUGGAACUACCCAAUUUGAUGCCUUUAAAGGGUAAAUUUUAGUGCAUGUAAUUAAGGAAUAAAUGUAUUUCUUUAAAUAUGGGUAAUGUUCCCUUCCAAGUCAAGGUAACCGAACAUUAAUACAAAAUAAAAAUCAAGCUUGUGACGUGCCAUUUAUCGAGGAAAAACAACUUAAGCUCCCAGCUUUCUCAGUCUGUACCCUUGAUAACGAAAAGUAUCCAUGACAAUUCUGACCAUCUGUGAUGCUGACCUAAUUCUAUCCAUAAGAGUAUUUCUAGAUGAGUAACUUGAAAAUGAAAGCACUAAGUCUUAGCCUCUUAUCAGCAAAUCACUCCACAGCAAUAGAAUUUUAACAGCAAAAUAAAUAACAGUUCUUCAUUUGUCUACUUUAUUUCAGAUGGAAUAUAAGUACACCCUCAAAUGCUGCUGACAGGAAGAAGAAAAAUUUCCUUAUUCCUGCUUCAAAGAACCAGGUUAUUAUAUUGGGAAGUAAGUAUUGAAAUCUCGGCAGAUGGACCGUGGUAGCAUUAUGAUUUUCUCUGGGGGUUUACCCCUUUAACUUUUAUCUUUCCCAAAUAUGUCGACAAGGCAGUGGACCCAUUUUCUCUUUGGCUAGGGUUGUGGUAAAAAAAUCAAAUGGCUGCUAUUUAUUUACUUGUUCAAUUUCUUAUGUGACCAUGAUAACAAGACAAUACAUAUAAGUAUAAUUUAAUCACAUAAAAAAUUAAACAACAAAAAAUGGCAGUCCUUCUUUUGUAUAUUUUAGAUCAAAUGCAAGUGCACCUUCUUUAAAGACUGCUGAAUUUAGGAAGAAGAAAUAUUUCCUUAUUCCUGCUUAAAAGAAGAAUUAAGGUCAUUGUAUAGGGAAGUAGUGAAUCCCCUUUCUUUUCAAAUUAUUGUUCUUGAAAGCGUGAAAUCGUCUCAUCUAGUUCAUGAAAAUGAAUGUGAGAUUAUGAUACGGAAAUGAAAUAUUUAUAAACUUUAUUGUCAUCAUUAUCAUCAUCAUCAUUAUUAUUAUUAUUAGAAAUUAAAUAAAAAUUAGAUAAAAAAUAAGCUAACUUUAAAACAAAACUGUAUUAAUAAAGCAUCUGAGACUUUAGGUCAUAUAAGCUUUGCAUGGAAGUCAACAAAAAUAUAGGCCAUUCUGGAAAACGAGUCAUUUUUUCCAAACAGUGUUGUGUUUUUAUCGUUUUCAAAUUAUCAAUAAUGUAUUCAAAAUCAAAACCAAUAUCAUGCAUGGAACACUAUCCGAGAUAUGUUGUGGUAACACAAAGUCUUUCAAUAACUGGAUUGCACCAGACUUAUGUCAACACAGACCUUUGAUUGCACCUAAAUGUAUAUAGCUUGAAUCUUUUUUCUGCUAAAUGCCAUUUUGUUCCACCACUUUGUAUUCUCUAAAACUAAAGAAAGCCCUUCACUUCACACUGUAUUUAUUUUACAAAACCCUUAUAUUGUAUAAAUAUUUUGCAAGACUAAUGAAUUACAGUAACUGAUAGGUCUUUUCAGCUUGUGCGUAAAUGCUCUUAACAGAUUUAAUUGCAGACGACACUUUGAUGCAGGUGUACAUUAAUUGUUAAUCAGAGAGUGGGCAUUUACUAGUCCACUGGUCUACUUGUCGCCACUGAUCAUUGACUAGAUUCAAUAAUGUCUUAUCUGUUGCUUCCCCUUUCCUCUCCAACAACAGUGAGUGUGCAGAUGUUUGAUUGAUCAUCAAGUUUUAUUGUGAUUGUUAAGGAAAAUGUUCCAAUCUUGCUGAUUUUUUCAUCUUUUUUAUUACUUUUUAUUAUUUUACUACUUGUUAUUUUUUUGCUGUAUAUAAUUUUCCUCAUAUUUACUCAUCAUUUAUAUUAUUUUUGACAAUGGUAUUUAAUCACAAAAGAUUAAAAAAUAUUAAAAGCACAUUCCACAUGUGAUACUUUUGCUUGUGACAGAGAUGUGUUGGGACCAUGAUAAGUUAUUGUAGAUGGUUAUACCCAAGAGUUUGUGGAACUGUAUAUACUUCAAUUAUUGGUUGAAUAUGAAUAUGGAUUCUUAGAAAAUGGGGUGGCUAGCUUUUGUGUUUUCUGUCUGGUUGUUAAAAGCCUGACUUCAGAUUCCUGGGAUUGAGCGACAUGUGGUUUAAGUCUUUAAGUCAGUCUAAGCUUGAGGCUCGUCAGCACUCAGCUGUAGGAGGGAAGCAAGUGGCUCAACCAGUUGGUGGUGUGUGUGUGGUGUUGUUUGCAAAUAUUUCAUUAUUUCAAUUAUCAAGAAAGGAGGAAAGGAGUUUGGUUCCUCCGGUACUUAGUUUAUACAAUUCAAGUUUUCUGAUGAGCAGAUUAUGAUCUAUAGCAUAGGAUUUAGCAAAGUCAACAAAUAAGACCGCAGAAAAAUGAGUGUUGUUAAUGCUAUUUAGUCAUUGCUCCACCAUUGAUGUUAGUGUGGCAAGAGUGAUUCGGCCUAAAACCAGAUUUGUUUGUGUAGAAAAGCUCAUGUAUGGAAUGAACACUUGUCUUCAUUAGAUAAAUGUGUAAAUACUCAUCUACACACAAACAUGCAUGUACAAACGCACACAAAUAUAUUUCACACUACAUUCAGGGGCAUACGCCCAGACACUAGUUGCUGGUUACCUCCCCUUUGCUCAAUGCUCAAGUUUCUUUCUUUCCUUCCUGAGAUCUUUAUUUUAUUUUUUGUUAUUGACUAGCUUUUAAAUACACUAAAGUUUGCCCACAUUGUAGUUCUAAAUUUUGUUGCAGGAAAAAACUGGUGAAGCAUUAGCACCUGCAAAUGUUGCUUGUUACCAUUCUCCAGAUUUUUGUUUUAAAGUGAAAGAGAUGUCAUUGUAAGAAUUUUCAAUCUCUACCUAGUGAGCAGGGUUAUUUUUCUCUGGGUGAGAGAUCAAAGACUGGAGGCCCAUGGAGUUCACAAGUGGAUUUGGGCUUAGCUGUAGUAAAAUAGAAAGGGAGUUAAGUACCCAAAAAAAAAAAUCAGUCUAUUUCUUAGACAUAUACCAUAUCUUACAGCAAAGCAGAUCAUAUUAAAGAAGGGACAGAAUAAUAUUUAUAUAUAUUAAGAUUUCAGUAUUGAAGAUCCAAUGCAAAAUAUAUAAAGACAAAGUUUAAUAAAACAAAAGACUAUGAAAUGUAGGAAAACAGCAGACAGUCUCUACAAUUCUACAAUGUUCCAAAAAAAAAAUAUAAGAGGCUAAGAGAUGUUACCAAUACUGCUCUCUCUCUCUCACACACACACACACUGAACCUUUAGAGAUUUCAUACUAUGAAAUGAAAUGAGGACUAUUUUGAAGUUACAAUCCUACAAUGUUAAAAAAAUAGCUAUUAGAGGCUAAGAGAUGUAAUAAAUCCCCUUCCACCGAAGAUCAAUAAAAGUACUAUUUAGAUAGGCUUGUUUAGUCAAAGAAGAUAAUUUAAAAAUUAACAGGCUGGCAAAUUUAUCAUUAGAAGUUAUGUUUAGGGUGCUGCCGUAGAUUAUUAAUAAUGAUGAUGAGGAUUUAUUUAGUGCCUUUCCAAAAAUUUGCUAAUAGCGCUUUACAUAAAUCAUACAUAGAUGAACUCAUUGCACCAAUCUUCUUGUUCUUAAUCGCCCCCAGUGGAGCAUAGGUGGGGUGCUAGCCCCACGCCCAACCCUCCUCCUUCAUUGGGGUUGGGAUUAGCAGGUUACCUGGGGUUUCCAGGCUGAGUUUCCAUGCAUCCAUAUUCACAUAUAACAGACGCACUCACUCAUCAACAAAGUAAAUUUCAGAUACCUUAUACAUGCUCAUGGUCAGGACAGGGUCACAGUGAAGUUUGGACUGAAAAGAAGUUUAGACUUAAGGGAGGCAGGAGAAUCAGAGUGACAAAGGCUGAUGGGUAAUCUGCUCAAAUUGAUGGGGCUUGGUAGAAGAAAGACAUCAGCCCACAUGUCUUUGUCUUAGUGGGAUUUGAAGAUUAAUAAUAAUGAAGGAAAUAUUUCAUUUCAGUACCGAAAACAAAUAUGUAUGCAUGUCCAUGAAUUAUAUUAGAAUACACAAUGAUAAAAGAUGCUUUGUUUCCCUUGAGAAAAAAAUUUGAUGUAUUUUGCUGUCAAAACAGCUGUAUAUGCAAAUCCCAAAUUGUGUAUCGUGAUUACAUUACUAGUGUUUUAAUUCAUUUCCACUUAUCUUCUUGUCAGAAAUAUUAUGACCCAAUUAAAUUUCCUGUAUGUGUUCAUUUUUUUGUUGAGUGAUUUUAUCACACAAUCACAAUUCAUUGUCAUUGACAAAUAAGAUUAGUUAAGUUAAAAGUUAACUCCCAUGAUUCUGUCAAAGAAACCUAGCACUUUUACUAAACACUCUUACUACAUUGGUUAACAAAUUUUUACAAAAGUCAUGUUAUAGAAAUAAAAUUAGUUAUUUCUUAUCAGUUUUUAUGUGCUUAACACAAAUGUCACAAUCAAUAUUCAAAAUUGGCUCUAGUUUUUGGACGAGGAAUGCAUGACCAUAUUAUGGAAUAUUAUGCCAUUCUAGACUUAUGUGGGAUGUUGUUACAGUCCUACUGGAUAUGUUUGACCUUUUAAGUCAGUAAUAAUUUCAGUGAUGACCAGUCCUAUUAAAAGUAGACAUUACAAAACUGUUUUAAACGAGCUGUGAUAUGCAUCACACUCUGUAAAACAACACCCAAGAUGACUAACUUUUUCACCUACUUGUGCUCAAUAUAAUGAAACACAAGUUUUACUUUAGACAACUGACACAUUACACAAAAUGUGUAAGCAAAAGAGGGAAACAAAAUUAUCAUAACAAUAAGGACACACCCAGUAAUGGUGCUAGACUUCUUGCAGAUAUGCUAGCUUCUGUUACUGGUAGCAACUUUUUUCAAACAAUACUGUUACUGGUGCAAGGGUUCACAGAACAUCAUGUAGAUAUAAGACGUUAAUAGCUUUAGGACAUCAUCCCAUUAAUGUAUCCAGCUGCCCAUCAAAGAACUACAUCACUGUCCUACAAACUUUCUCUUGGGUCAUGAGGAAGCCCAUUUAUUAUAUAUAAAUAUUGCUUUCCCUUAAUGUACUUUAGAAUCUUGUCUUUGAUAAAAUAUUUGAGUUUUCUGAAGCUCAUGUAUCAGCAAAAACAUAACUACAUAUGUGAUGGGUGAUUGUUUCUUUGUAAUACUGUAUUUCAAUCUGUAUUUACCGUUUAUGAAAGGAGUUGGUGUAAAAAUCCUUUAGACUAGUUGCACAGUAGAUUAAAUUGCUAUCCAUAAAAUUACUGUGGAAACCCAGAUCUUCUGGAAAGGAUUUCUUUUUUUAAACUGUUAAAAUGGAUUUAGAGCUGUAUUACUGUGUAUAUUACAGAAGAACAACACAGUCACACACUUGCACACACAUUAAUAUAAAUGCUGACUGAAAAGGAACUGAAAGCAAACCAAAGAGAUUUAAUGAAAAAAUGACUUUUUUAAGUUAUGGGAACAAUACUCAGCUAAAUAUGGUUAAAUAUUAGUAACGAAAUAGCAAGGGCUACACCAUCAGAAUAGACCAGACCCUAUGGAAACAUUUCAUGAGGGAAAAAUGGUACUGAUCAGUAAUAGCUGACACAACUGUAUAAUGGUCUACCAUCGAACGAGAUACUAAAAACUAUAAGUCAUCGAUAAAUGUUUCUGUAUUCAUCACAUAUGAGGGAUGAGUCAGCCUAAGCUUUUAUGAUGUAGAUGACUGUAAAUAUAUAUACUCUGCUGAAGUCACAAAGAUUUAUUAGAACGCAGGAAUGCACCAUGUAUAAGAAAGAAUUUUAAAAUACUGCAGCGAUUUUUGACUCUUAUCAGUGUAUUUUUAAGAGAUUUACUUUUCAUCGAGAUGAAACCUAAAUUUUUAUAUGAUUUACAAAACGACUUUACUAAUGCUUCACUCAAAACCACCCAAGUCACAACUAGAGGCCUAAGCCUCCUUUAAGUUUCCUUGUUGUUGCUUGAGAAGGAUGUUAGUGAACAAAUGAGGAACGAACAAACUUAUUCAAGGAGCGGACUGCAAGAGAAAGAGAGGUUAAGAAGGAAAACUCAAACUUUUUGUUGACAUCUGAUCAUUACGGUCAUUACUCUAAUUAUUGUAAUGUAACUUUAACACGCAUA